UGACGUCAACCUAUGCCCAGUCAGUAUUUGUUUACAGAGGGGGACGCUUGUUGCUGCAGCAGCUCAGAGAUCCGGCAGUGUGAUCAAACAAGACUCCAUUUAUACAGAGAGGGAGAGAGAGACCAGAAGGGGGAAAUACACUCCACAGAGAGAGAGAGACCAGGAAGGGGAAAUACACUCCACAGAGAGAGAGAAGACGCGAGCAAGGCUGCAAUUGACGAGGCAGACAUGAAACUGAUCAGAUUAAUUCACUACCUGGUUACAGCGCGAGGACCAUUGUUUCCAAUCAGAGGCUGAUCAGGAUUGGACAGGGGAUAACAUGUAACAUUCUUCGGCCGAUGUAGCGAAUUUCAAAGGUUUCCCCCCUUGGAAACAUUUUCUUUCGCUGACCUCAGGAUUUUAUCUCUCCUGAUUGUUGAUGACAUGGCUUCUCGCUAGGCCAGGAAGGUUCAGAAAUCUCUCCCCUUGUGCGGACUGGGGAAGGGGAAAUUGCUCCCCACACAACGCGACACGGAUCCCACUGUCUCUGUUUUAUUUUGGCAAUGCUGGCGGAUUUUCCCAGAUCGGAGGGCAGGACUAUGCGGCGGAUCUGGAGUCAGACACAGUCGUACUGGACGUUUCUAAUGAAUGUCUUUCUCCUGGGCUGCUUCCUGCCUUUGGAAAAUGGAAGGGGAGCUGAGGCCCAAGAUAUUAUCCAAGUGGACGGUGUAUUCGACCACGCGUAUCUAGUGGUUGUCAAUAAUAACGUCCAGAAUAUAUUCGCUUUCAAUCACACCGUUUCACGGAACAAGACGGAGGGUGUCCGUGUCUAUGUGAAUGUUCUGUCCGAACAAUCCAAAAGCCCAGUGCUUUUUGUGAUCCGACAACAGAAAGCAGUACUUUCCUUCCAGGUGCCAUUGAUCCUCCGGGGGCUUUACCAGAGGAAAUAUAUCUAUCAGGAUGUGAGUCGUACGCUUUGUCAACCAGAGAUAAAGAGUGAAUCGCAGAUGCAAUACUUUUAUGUGGAUGUUUCGACACUGUCUGAAAAAAAUGCCUCAGUCCAACUGUAUGUGAAACGCAUAGAGCAUUUUGUCCUAAGAACUGCGGCACCAUUCCGAUUCAACGCGACACCAUCUCAACCUCAGUACUUUAAGUACAAGUUUCCUGAUGGUGAAGACUCAGUAAUUGUGAAGGUGACAUCAGAUACAGCAUUCCCCUGUUCUGUAAUCUCUAUACAGGAUGUCCUGUGUCCAGUCAAUGAUUUGGACAAUAAUGUUGCAUUUAUUGGCACCUAUCAAACUAUGACUAAAAAAGCAGCAAUUACUGUACAGAAAAAAGACUUCCCAAACAGCAGUUUUUAUGUGGUGGUGGUGGUGAAGACUGAGGAUGAGGCGUGUGGUGGAGCAUUGCCCUUUUACCCAUUAAAACAAGAUGAUCCCGUAGAUCGGGGGAACCGGAGUAAAACCCUGAGUGUGACCGUGGUGCCUGCUGUGAAUUCUGUGGCCUACGUAAAAGGGAUGCUAUUCAGCCUGGGGAUUUUCCUGGCAUUUUACCUGCUCACGUUGUUCAUCGCAUGUUGGGAGCACAAUCGGCAGCAAAAGAAGAGAGAGAGACUCCUGGGGAAAAGCAUCCUAUCUCCUGAUCAGUGUGUUUCAGCUGGUAGUUAUACUCCGCAGAGCCCUGAUCUCUACACUGGAAGCUCAGCGUGUCAAAGUUAUGGCUCCUUUGAGAAUGGCUCCAUUCUUGGAUCUGAAGCAAUCACAGACAGCAUGGAGUCAGAUUCUACCUAUGGUUACAUGGAGCGACCACUAGAAAACUUGAUCCGGCCACGUCUCGAUUCCCUCAGCUCCAUUGAGGAAGAUGAAUACGAUACCCUGGCAGACAUCGAUUCCGAUAAAAAUGUCAUCAGAACCAAGAAGUUUCUGUAUGUCUCUGACCUCGCCCGGAAGGACAAGAGAGUUCUCAGCAAAAAAUACAAAAUCUAUUUCUGGAAUAUCGCGACAAUAGCAGUUUUCUACGCACUGCCAGUGAUUCAGCUGGUUAUCACAUAUCAGACGGUUUUCAAUAUCACGGGAAAUCAAGACAUUUGUUACUACAAUUUCAUGUGUGCUCACCCACUGGGGGUCCUCAGUGCAUUUAACAAUAUCCUGAGUAACCUUGGAUACCUGAUGCUGGGCUUGCUUUUCCUGCUCAUUGUCUUGCAGCGUGAGAUUCUGCACAAACGGGCCCUAAUGAGGAAUGACAUCUGUGCAUUGGAAUGUGGAAUCCCUAAGCAUUUUGGUUUGUUUUAUGCAAUGGGGACUGCUCUCAUGAUGGAAGGGCUGCUCAGCGCCUGUUACCAUGUGUGUCCAAACUACACUAACUUCCAGUUUGACACAUCUUUCAUGUACAUGAUAGCAGGUCUCUGUAUGCUGAAGCUAUACCAGAAGCGUCACCCGGACAUCAAUGCCAGUGCCUAUUCUGCUUAUGCCUGUCUUGCCUUAGUCAUAUUCUUCUCCGUGUUGGGGGUGGUCUUUGGGAAGGAUUACAUCGUUUUCUGGGCUAUUUUCUCCUCUAUUCACAUUUUGGCGACCCUCUUGCUCAGUAUACAACUCUACUAUAUGGGCCGCUGGAAACUUGACACUGGGAUCUGCAGAAGGAUAAUUCAUGUGAUUUACACUGACCAUAUCAGACAGUGUAGUGGACCUGCCUAUAUAGAUCGGAUGGUAUUACUCAUUAUGGGGAAUAUCGUGAACUGGUCACUAGCUGCGUAUGGGAUUAUCCUGAGACCCAAAGAUUUUGCAUCCUACCUGCUGGCAAUAGGGAUCUGCAACUUGUUACUCUACUUUGCUUUUUACAUCAUCAUGAAGUUACGGAGCGGUGAAAAGAUCAAACCCAUCCCCCUGAUCUGUAUUAUCUGUACAGCUGUAGUCUGGGCCUUCGCUCUCUUUUUCUUCUUUCAGGGUCUCAGCACGUGGCAGAAAACUCCAGCCGAGUCCAGAGAACACAACAGAGAAUGUAUCUUGCUUGACUUCUUUGAUGAUCAUGACAUUUGGCAUUUUUUGUCCUCCAUAGCGCUAUUCGGCUCUUUUCUGAUCCUGCUGACUCUGGAUGAAGACCUGGAUCAUGUGCAAAGAGACAAAAUCUACGUAUUCUAAUCCCCGGCAUAGAAACACCGACUGCACAGCAGACUUUCUACCUUCGUACCUGAGGCCUGUUCCUCUGGAGCGACAAGAGGAGAAACGGUGCUCACAUUGCAGCUGCCAGCGAGUGAGCUUUGGAGGCGAUCGGGAUCUCAAGAGCCAGCCACAUUACACUAGCCCUUGAGCUGCCAGCUCUUGCACUUAAAGCGAAGUUUUUUGUUGGAGAUCAUUGUGCCACUGCACUGGUCUUCAGCUUAAGACAUUGUGCUGCUGACGUGAUGAUGACCGCUGGCUUCUUUUGCGUUGAUCAGUCUCUUACUUUGCAGGACACAACAUCGUCACUAUCUCCUUUUCCAGGUUACUCUUAAGAAGUGGCUUUUGUGUUUGAAGAGAUUCGUUUUAUGCACAAUUUUUGGAAUAAAAUCAGGUCUUGGCGAUAAGGGGAAAUGGAUACCCUUCAGUGGAAAAACAUUUAUCCGCACUUGUUUCGUUUUGCCAGUCCUAACCAACACUGUUAAUGGGGGAAGAGUGCGGUACUAGAAAAUGAAGGCAUCCCUGGCUUCAAAAGCAAAAUUGUUUUUUUGUGCUUUGCUGCACAGUCGGUAUUGGAAAGUUACAGCUGUUCCUGUGUUUGCGGGCAUUGUCUUGAUGGUAGAUUGGCACUACGCCCUGCUGUUGUGUUGAGCGCAUCCAUCAGGUGAUAGAUUGACAGGCCUGUUCAUUGGAACUCAGUCAGCAUUGAACUCCUACUGUUAACCAAUCUGUGGGGAACCAUUGGCUUUAGAAAUGGUGGAGGGAGCUGUGGCCAGUACCUUGGCCCAGAGGUUUUGAGGUUUAGUUUAGGUACGGAUGAGGGGUGGAAGGUGGAAAACUAAUGUUAAGGAAAGUAAAUUCACAAAAACAUAGCCUCAGGCGGAGGCGAUGAGUUUUACCUCUCUGUUGGUUGUUACAGGGUCAUAACUAAAAUGAAACACUUGAAUCGAGACUCUAAUGCAAAAUCAAUUCUCAAUCUUGCCAAAAGGAAUAAUGAAACAAUGAUUCAUAAUAAGCAAAAAACAUUCACUGGUGCUGUCCUGCCAUGAAGAUAAAGUUUGAAACUGGGGUUCACUGUAAUCGAAACACCAAGUUCAGCUGGCAGACCCUGUAAGCUCCUUUACAAUAUAUCGAUUUGUGUGUGAUAUGGGAAUAUUUGGUGCUAUCGCUGGGUGUAACAUGUGAAAAUAUUCCCUCACUAAUCUUAAUGUUAUACUGUAGUCUAGUUGGGGAAGUUCCCCCUGGAGGGUCUGUACAUUCUGCAUUGUAAGAUCCAUUAUGACUUAUACUGAGGCACAAUCUGCAUUGUAGCAAGCACAUUAUUAAUCCAUGACUCAUCACUGUGCACUCUUUAAUAUCCUCAGAUUAGUUCUCAAAGGGAGAUUGACCUCCCCACAACCUGACCUAGAGAUACUGAUGGCCUCACAGAUUAGUAUAGUAACAGGCAGUGGAUAUGUUAGGUACAUACACAUGUUAGACCCACAACAUCUGUGCAUCCAUGUAUAUAAGGUGCUUGCUGCAGCUGCUUAGUAUCCAUAAUUCUCUGUAAUGGCAGGUAUCGUUUCAUAAUGUGUUGUAUACUAUAGGCAUGGGCACAUAACUCAGAGUCCAGCUUUCAGAAAGACUUGAAACAAGUCCGCAUCAGUGGGUUUACUCAGCUUAGUGAGGAUAUCCACUUCAAAUAGAGGUAUUGAUGGUGAUGACAAUGCCCCUUUAGGGAGCCCACCCACUAGGAAAUGUGACUGAAGGCUCCAGUAGUGUUUUGGAUGUACACAUCCUUUUAUUGUUGCACUCUAAGUAGGGCAAGCAAUCUGGUUUGGCACGAGAUCCCACAAACUUCUACACUUACCGAGUGCCGUAUGAUGUAUUGUUCGAAGGUGCAAGUUUACAGAAACUGCCCCUAAGACAACGCAAAUGCCUGUAUCAGUUUUCGGAUCUCUUGCUUGCUUGCUCUAUCCAUUGUCACAUAGUACAUUCAUAAUAUACAGAACACAAAGGUUCAGAGUGUUAAUGACUGAUUCUUACAAAGUUGCUAUAUUGUUACCAGAAGGGAAGAAUAAGGCUAAUCAUAAAUCAGAUAGCUAGACUUUGCCUUUUUAAAGAAAUGAAUGGUAAAUGCUGCUAUAAUUGAAUGCUGCUGUAUUAACUGCUCCAUCCUGCUGUAAAGUGUAAAGUGUCUAACUGCUCAACAAUAAGGUCGAUUCAAGGAAUUUGACAGCACAAAUUUUUGAUAAACUUUUUAAAAUUUUUCCUCUUGAUUUCAGUAAAAUUUAAACAAUUCCUUGGAAUAUUUUAUAGAUACUAGUCGAUGAUAUUUGCAGGGACACACUGGGGAUCUUCAAAGCAAUCUUCAUUUCGUUAGCACGACAUACAGAGAGUCGACAGAGCGAGGGUCGUAACUUGUUGCAACUAGAGCUGGUCAGGGGGAGGGUGGGUCCAUGAGUUACUUUAAGGCGAUGUCUUCUGAGGUUCCGGUGUGUGCACUGGGGUUUUGGCGUGGCUCCAGUCAUCAGAUAGUGCCAGAAUUCCUUUGGCAGACUGGUGUGUUGUGUUAUUUCUGAUGUUUGCAAUGAAGCAAGCUCAGGUCUGGGAGUACAUGAGAACUAUAUUAAUCUAGAGUUUGCUUUUAAAAUGGUUGAAAACUGAUUUACAAAACGCAGUGGAGAAAAAUCAAGGUAGAUGCUUCCAUCAUCAGAUUAGUCACAUUAACCAGAUUGAAUGGUAGUUGGCCAGCUACUGAGCAAUAUUGGUGAUGGUGACUAGAAUGUAGGUUUAUUCUCCCUUUAGUCUCUAUAUAUCAAAUCAGCACAUUGCUGUCCUAUCAAAGUGAUAUUUAUGGCCCCUGCAAUGGUAAUGAUAAAUUUCCUCUUCAAAGGUUACCGUUUGGGCUAUGGUACCGAUCUCCAGUUAUAGUUGAAACAGCCAGAUCUAUUGGAAAACUGAUACUGUGCCAGUGAAGCAAGUACAGGACUCAGUCUCCUGCUCAAUUUCCACAUCCUAAACAAUGGGGCUGACUUUGCACAGCUCAAAGGAAGGAAGACUGAGUGAUCCUGGCUGGGAUUUGACCCAAGACCAUGGGACUUCCAUCCAUGGAAUGCAGUUCGUCCGGUUUGUACAGCAAAUGUUGUAAUAAUAGUUUAAUAUGCUGAAUUUUUGCCAUCUAAUUCCUUUUGACCAUCAGGGAGAAAUCCAUAAUUUGUUGUGUUAAUAAAUGACAAACAACAUUGACACAGCACCACCUAACUUUACGCUUUAUUUGGCAAACCAUUUUGCACAAAUCCCAUGAUCUGACCCAGCGAAGUGUUAGCAUACACCCAAUAUUUAUCUUGCAACCAUAGAACUGUUUGUUGCAAUACUCUCUGCCUAACACUGUUUGGUCAUUUGAAGCAUUUAACUGCUGUAGGGUUGAGUAUGAAGCUUUUUUUCCCCGCUUUGAUGAUCGGCUGAGGGACCUGCACGAAACUGGCAAAAAAAAAUGUACUGGUUUGUUUGCAAUGGAAAUGCGCUCUAUUAGAAGACUGAAAGGGGAUAGAACACACAUACGCAGUGCUGCAGACCUCCUAACACUCCCAGCAUGCUGACCUUUGUUAGAUUGCACAUUAUAAUGUUCCACUGCCAGAUGAAGAUUAUCCCUUAUCACCUUCAUGAGAUUUACCAGGGGCCAAAUAGUGCUGUAUAUCAUAGCCCAAACUGAUUUCCCAGCUUUUGACUACUUGUGACCUCAGUAAUUUCUGCACUGUCCUUCACCCCUUGGAUUGCAAUGUUGGAGAUUUAGAUUCCAUGGUGCAGCCAAAUCUAAUUCGGAAACACAUGGAGCUCUGGGUAUAGUUCGCCAUGUUGUUAAAAUGAUAUAGAGGCAUUGGAGAGGAUGCAAAAAUGACUAUCAAAGAUGACACCAGAACUGUAGUGUUAUAUCUACCAGGAAAGGACAAAGAGGCUGGGUCACUUUAUCUUUCUUGAAAGGAAAAGGUCUUAAAGUAUGAAAGGUUUUGACAAAUCAAAUGGGGGAUUCAAAAAAACAUCUUCUUUACCCAGAGUGUGGUCAGAAUGUGGAACUUGUGACCACACAGUGUAGUUAAGAUGAACAAUAUUGAUGCACUUAAGGGAAAUCCAGAUAAGCACAUGAGGGAGAAGGGAAUAGAGGGUUAUGCUGACCAAGUUAAAUGAGAACGGUGGAAGGAGACUCCAGCAUAAAUGCAGGCAGGGACUGGAUGGGCUGAAUGGCCUGUUUCUAUGUUAUAUAUUCUAUACCGUUAUGUAUUCUAUAUCAUUUUGGCACUGGCAUUCGCCUACUACCUCUCUGCAUCAAUGUGGAUGUGGCAGUGCAACUACAGCCCCUCUCCCCUUUAAUCCCCCCCUCCAAGACUUGUAGUUUUUUAAUCUUGUGGCAACAUCUGAAAGCCAGGGCCAAAUGUACCAAUGAUGGUUAACUCCCAACGUUUCAUCACAAAGGAUAUGCCAAAUGGCCAUUGCUCAACUUCAUUCAGAUAUCACCAAAAGGGACACUAGAAGAUGAAAACCUUUAGUAUCUUAUUAUUCCAUUUCUCUUAUACCUUACUGAACUACAAAUCCUCUGUUGGGUUGAAGAUAAAGUGCAGUUCAGGUCUUACCAACACAAUUAGUUUAAUUGUCUAAUCAGUUUAAUAGUUUAAUUUAGAUUGUCACUGGAUAAUUCUGUUCUGUGGCGCUGUUCUUGAGCAUGAAGGACUGUCUGAAUUUAUAUAUAUAUGUAUAUAUAUGUAAAACACUGGGCGAAGAUUUGAAUUGAAAUCCCAGCUUGAGACGGUUGCUGAAGACCAAUAUCCCUCAGCAAAGACAAAGAAUUGUAAGUCCAUUGCUGCAUCUGAGUACUUCAUAUUCUACAUAUUUCUAUAACGGUCAGUUGGCUUACCAGAUCAAAGUAAUUUAGAGAACUUUAGGGUGAAUUUGUGGAUUAUUGCUAAUGUUGUCUGUUGCAGCAGGGAAUGUAUGCCUGGUAUAUCAGUGGUGCGAGUAGAGAACUCCAUUAUUGUGGCAAUGUGGGAGAAGGUAUAGGUUUGAGUUGAUCUAGGCUAGUAUUUGAUUACUCCUUAUUCAGACAUCUGAAAACUUAUCUUAACAAUUUUAACAUGUCACUAACUCCGAAUCAAAAAAAUUAUAUGUCCAAUGUAUCCAAGGAAUGAUUACCUUAAUGUUUUGCAACAAUAGUCUUCCCAGAACAUUACCUCUUAAAAUAUUAACCCAAACCAUGAACUGGAUAUUUGUCACAUCUGAAAAGGAAGAAUGUGCAUGGUUACAGGGAGAAGGCAGGGUAAUGACACUAGGUGCAUUGCUCAUUCAGACAGCCAGCACAGACACAGUGGGGUGAAUGGCUUCCUUCUGUGCUUAUGUGAUUCUGUGAAUUGUCCAUGCAUGGGUUUCAGGCUUCAGUUGUGUUAAUUGUGUCAGCAAUCUGGUGUGUACACAUCAUCCAAAUACCAGGACUGUCUGUAACCAAUUGUCCUCCGCAUACUUUCUGUUUAAAAAGUUUUGUGAAUGCAAAAGGGUUGAAGGGUUCAUUUAUGUUUACAAAACUCGUAAAGAAUGAAGAUUCUGCCUUUGUUUGUGUAGCAGUGGUUCACAGUUUCGGGGCCUUUAUUAAAAAUUGUUUUGUUUACUUUUAUGUAAUUUUAUUACUUACUGUACAGCUUUGUUUCUGUUGUAACAGAAAACCGUUCAAAUAUAAUAAAGUCCAGAACCUACUUA